GAAUGGAUGAGAGGUCAAAGAGAGCUUGGCGUGGACUUGGAAGGGAAGCCAACAGGAUACUUGGGCGCUCGUGUGAGCAAGAGGCUUUGCACGGACCUGUUUGCUCGCGGAGUUUGUCGAGGAGCGGUCGAGUGCGCAAAUUUGCUUUUGCACGCUGAGAGCAAAGAUCCCACUUCUGCUGAAAGCAUCAAGACUGCACCUCUCACCGACAUUGCGCUUGUCUACCCCAUACAAUUGCUGCAGGCCGUGAGAGCACAGGAGCAUUGGCCAAAGGAAACUACCAGGGCCAUCGUGGACAAGCGCUGUGAUACCGCGAGGAAAAUCACAGAGUGUCCUUUCUGGACUGUCUAUGGCGCAAGAGGACGGCACCCCAAGGUACACAUGCUUUCAGCGUAUGAGUUCGCGCGGGAAUUCGACUUCGAUCUGGCGACCCAUCCAUUGAGCAUGAAGACCCAUCAAGCCCAGCUGCAAGACCUUCAGAAAUACCAUGCCGCGUUGACAGCUCAGGGCAUCGAGGAAGUAGCCAAUUGCAGGCGUGGUGGGCGAAAGCUGCAAUUGCCCUUUGCCCACGGCAGCAGGAACGAAGACGACAUGGCCAUGCGCAUCCUUGUCCUAUUCUUUCCUUGGAUGAAUGAUGUUCAAGAUUCUUCCGAUGCUGUGCCCUACAUCGCUGACCUUUGGCCUUCGGAUGCUCGUAGCUGGCGUGAAGCGCUGUGUAUGCAAGUGAAUAGACGGGGGUAUCCUACGCAGGAGGUGAAGCGCUUCGUUCUCGAUUUCUGCUUCACUUAUUGUCUACCUCGAGAGUAUGAGCUGAUUGACGGCUUAGCAGAAAACAGCGACAACGAAGAUAUCGAAAACGACGUCAACUUUGCGCUGGAUGAGGAGGACGUUCUGGAGGCCGUUCAGACGCACAUCAAGGGCAGCCAGCGGGCCAGGCGAGGAAAGCAUGACCAAGACGAGGAGCUCGACGCGGACAAGGCAGUGGGCAGCAAGCUCCAUGACAUGACGAAACACAUGUUCAGGCUUUCGGCUUCCAUCUGGCUUGAACCAACAAAGGGAGCGCAGCGGGAAGAUGCCCACGUUACCAUCCCCAUGGAAGGCGCAGACGCUGUUGUGGACCACGCCUUGGCAAAGAAGGCCUCUCAAGCCUCAAGGAACCAGGCUGCAAUCGAAAAUCAGCAGUCGCUAGGGCUGCUUGGGGUCAAUGCUGAUGAUGCCAGCGUGCGUGGGCAGGCCCCUCUCACGGCCGCUACAUUGCGAAAUUGGCUCUACAGCCACCACGUCUCGGACAACACCAACAAAGAACAGCACGAACUCUUGAAGCUGGUUGUCGACAGGCUUCUGGUCGAGCUCGAACUGGCACCAAUAGAAGAGACGGCGCUGCAGAAUGCAGAGCCAAUGUGUCACUUGCUACACGGGCCACCUGGCACAGGAAAGUCUCAUUGUCUCAUCUUCUUGCGAGAGCUCUUCGAUCUCAUUGGCUACAGGCAGGGCAUCGACUAUGAGGUGCUUGCGUUCCAAGCGGUCAACGCAGCCUCCCUUGCGGGCAAGACCAUUCAUCAUGCGUGCGGUUUCAGGACAGAGCAACACAGCUCCGGGGACGCAGCAGCGAUUGCAGCAACAACUGCCAAGCGAAUGUCCUAUUGGCGCUGGGUCUUCUUGGAUGAAAUCAGCAUGGUUGGGGCGCAGCUGCUGGGGCGCAUGGAUCACAGGAUCCGAUCAGUCAAAUCUGACGCCGACAAGUUCAAGUUCGAUGGGCAAGGCCAACCAAGGUGGCUUCAAUACCACGACAAGGACACGGAGAACUUGCCAGGCGCCCUACCACUUUGCAUUGGGAUGCCGGUGGCCUUGACAGAGCAUUUGGACAGGUCCGCAGACAAGUGCCUGCUGAAGGGCAGCC